AAAGAUUCAAAAGUAGAUCUUUUUCAGAGAAGAGGAAAAGCUAUUGAUAAAUUAGAAAAAGUUCCCGAGCGGUCACCCCAAAGUAGUCCACGUUAUACACCUCUUAUUCCUUCUGGAACAUCAUCCCCCUUAUCACCAUAUAAUUACACCAUCUCCCAAACAUUAUCUUCGCGAUCGGCUGGUGGGGAACUGAGUAAAUCCAAUUCCACGCCUCUCCCAUCUUCAAAAUCAUUAUCACCUCAUUCAAAUCCCCCAUUGUAUCACAGUAAGUCUAUGGAUCAUACACAGCCCGCACACUAUAAAAAUUUGCAUGCUAGUAAAAGUACUGGACACUUACGUGAUGGCGAUAAAGUUAUUUCUAAAAAAUCAAGGCCAGUACCACUGGAUUUAGAUGAUGAUGACGACGACUUAUUAUAUCCCGAUGGACAGAAGUCGAAGAGAAAACACCAAGCUCAAGAUCUUAUUGAUUUCUUAAACUCGACACCACCCAGCGAGCAGACUGAGUUUCCAAGAUCUGUUAAGAAAGACCUCUUAAACGAAAGUGGAAAGAAAAAGGAAAAGAAGUUUAAAAAAUUUUUCUCAAAAUUAAGGAAGCCGCCGAGCGAAGACUCCAGUACAGAUCACAAACGUGUACCUACUUCAUCCGGUUUUCCCUCGGCAAAUUAUUCUCAUGGGUUAAACUCAACGGUGGCUGGUAAACCGGCACGUUAUGUUAAAAUUCAAAUUCCUCAGAUGCCGGCCAAAGAGGAAAACCAGGAACAGAGUAUUUUUGAUCAGGUCGAACAGGCGAGGCAUGCUCGUCAUAUGUCUAGGGCAAGUUUAUCCGGGUCUACACGUAGUGCACAAACGCCAAACAGAACGACUUUUUCUGUUAACGGGGGAAUGCAAAGCCCAAUUUCGAAUACAGGAUUUGAGGACACUUCGAUCGUUAAUAAUGGUAAUCAGAAGAUACCACCAACUUCUGCGAAAACACCUGAUAAAGUUUUACAGAAAAAGAGAUCGCAGACACAAAUACAACGGGAGCAAAAUACUCGACAGCAACAUAAUAUUUCACAAACUCCGACCGAGGAUAAACUGCAAUCUACUCCCUCGGAAUCAGAAGCGUAUAAAACAUCAAGUGUAAAAAAUGUCUACAGUGAGACACCUUCAAAGAAAGAACCCACGCCUACGAUUCAUGCACCUUCAAAGAAAGAACCUACUCCUACGAUUUAUGCACCUUCAAGGAAAGAACUCACACCCACAAGCCAUGCACCUUCAAGGAAAGAAUUCACACCUACGAGUCAUGUACCUUUAAAGAAAGAAUUCACGCCUACAGGUCAUGUGCCUUUAAAGAAAGAACCCACGCCUACAGGUCAUGUGCCUUUAAAGAAAGAACCCACGCCUACAGGUCAUGUACCUUCAAAGAAAGAACUCACGCCUACAGGUCAUGUACCUUCAAAGAAAGAACCCACACCUACAAGUCACAUACCUUCAAAGAACGAACCCACACCUACAAGUCACAUACCUUCAAAGAAAGAACCCACGCCUACAAUUCAUGCACCAGUCGCAUCAACUAUAAUAAGUAGACAACUAUCGGAGAAUUCCGAAGAAUCUGUCGAGAAAUUCGAUAGUUUUAUGGGAAUCAUAGUUUCUACAGAAUUGGAAUGCGAAGAUGAAGUGCUUGAACAGGAAAUUCUUGUCGAAGAGACCGAAGAGGAAGAAAGAAACGAGGCACUUGUUGCAGAAUGGUUGUUGGGUACUGGACUCAUAUUUAAGAGUGCCAUAACAUAUGUGGAUAUUGUGCAGGUUUAUGAAGAAAAUUCUGACACACAAAAUUCUGGUUAUUAUGAUGAAAAUGAUGCUGAAUUUAUGGAAGUUCAAGAAAACAAUAUUGAUGCUUGCUCCGAAGUUAUCGAGAGCCAUGAGCUGCAAGUGGAUGCUUAA